UAUACUCAAUGGCCAUGUACAGCUGAAGACGGGUCUCCAAACUCAAGAACGGCACCUUUUCCUCUUCACGGACCUUCUGGUUGUUGCCAAAUCCAAUGACCAACAAUUAACAGUGCACAGUUCAAGGACUACUUUUCCACUGAAUAAAAUCUCUACCAGCAAGCACUGUGAUGGCUUUUGAUGCGGCCCGGAGGAUAUGCGGUCUCUUUAGAAUGACUGAGUUUAGAUCAGAGCUGGAGUCUACUAGUAAUCCAUUUAGCAGGUGAGAGACACUUCACAGUAACAAUUUCAGUCCUUUCCAGAGCUAAAAAAUUGACUUGAAGUGAAAUAACUCUGACAGGCCACAGAAGAUCCCAUUUUAGCUACUUGCGCUACUGCCAAAGUAGAAUAUCAAAGCAACUUUGAACACAAUGACGGGAGGAUUUAGCCAUGUUGAUUCACUACCUGUCUGCUGUACCUCCCUUGCUGACUGUUGGUGUGUCCUGCCUUAUGAAAGGAGAAUGUUAGAUCAGUAGAAAAUAUUGUCGCAAUCCCAUUUCAAACUAAAGAGCCAAGCGCGUCUCUGUGAGAUGUGGACAGCGUCUUGUAUGGAAGAGGUCUGCGAGGGCAGCACCAACCCAGAAAAGUCAUUUGUGCUAGGCUGGCCCACCACCAAUUGUGUUGUGAAUUUCAGUUCUCCAGAGCAGAAGGAGAAGUGGCUCUCUUCCCUCCAAAGUCGAAUCAAAGAAGAGAAAGAAAAAGACUACCCCAAGAGCAUCCCUCUGAAGAUCAUUGCAAAGGAUGUUGGAAUUUGUGCAUAUUCAAAAACAUUAACUGUAACCAAUGCUGAUACAGCAAAUGAUGUGAUUCUCAUGGCCCUGCAGCAGCUGGGAAUUAAUGGCUCUGAAAAAGACUACCAGUUGUGGGUGAAUUCAGGAAAAGAAGAUGCUCCUUACCCGCUCAUAGGACAUGAAUAUCCCUUUGGAAUUAAAAUGAGCCACAUUAGACAUGCUAUGUCUCAGACACAAGGAUCAAAGGACUGUGCCUCCCCACUGGACCUUCAGGGGUCCUUAUUAAUGGAACAGCUGCCCCGAGACCUGCAGUGCCAGUUUAUACUCAAGCCAAGUCGUCUGGCUCUGUGCCAGCAACUAAAUGAGCUCAGCCAAAAGCCAUUUAAGAGGAAAAGGUCAAUUAUAAACUGGGCCUUUUGGCGUGGUCCAGGCACUCAGAUGGACAAUACACCAGUGUCUCCAACAUCCCUGAUUCCUGGGAAACUCUUCGGCCUCUCCUUGUCAGCCAUAUGUGAGAAUGACAACCUGCCCAAACCUGUCUUGGACAUGCUUACCCUUCUUUAUCAAGAAGGGCCUUUUACCAGAGGCAUUUUCAGACGGUCAGCCAAUGCAAAAUCUUGCAGAGAUCUCAAGGAGAAGCUUAAUUCAGGAGCUGAAGUGCACUUAGCCUGUGAAUCCAUAUUUGUGACUGCAUCAGUGUUUAAGGAUUUCCUUCGGAGCAUCCCAGGCAGCAUUUUUUUAUCCCAGCUCUGUGAUAAGUGGAUUUCUGUGAUGGAUCAAGGGAAUGAGGAAGAGAAGAUCAAGGGCGUCCAAAGGCUAAUGGAGCAGCUUCCCAGAGCGAAUGUGGUUCUCCUGCGCUACCUUUUUGGCGUAUUGCACAAUAUAGAAAAGCAAUCGGAAGACAACCAGAUGACUGCAUUUAAUCUAGCCGUGUGCAUUGCCCCUAGCCUGCUUUGGCCGCCUACUCCCUCUAGCCCUGAAACAGAAAGUGAAUUCACAAAAAAGAUUUCCAUUCUGGUGCAGUUUCUAAUUGAAAAUUGCUGCAGGAUUUUUGGAGAGGAAGUGACCUCCCUCUUUGGGGACAUGCUGAUAAGAUGCGACAACAGGGAAGAUGGCUCAGAUCUCUCUUCCUUUCAUCUGAAUGAUUCUUCAUAUGACAGUUUGGAAAAUGAGCUGAAUGAUGAUGCUGACUCUUCAUUUAGUGACUUGAUCAAAAAAGGAGGUCAGGAUAACAGGAGCAGGGACUCUGUCUUGACUCUAAGUGAUUGUGACUUGGACCAGCCAGAAAUUGAAGAGGUUCAAAUUAAGCUUCCACCCAAGUCAAAGCCUGUAAGAAUUUCUGCUGGUUUACACCACAAAUCUUCAUCGAAGGAUCGCUCUGAAAAUGAGCCUCUUUGUUCUGAUACGCUGGGCUAUUCUUCAGCUGCCCCAGAUGCUCUUAAAAACUCAAGAAGGCACAGACGCUGCUCAGAGCCAUCCAUUGGACUUCCCACCUCUAAGUUAACCCAUCUCAGUGAGUGUCAGGAUAACACAGUGCGUAAAGCCAGCUGUGAUGCUGUCUUAUCUCAUGUAGAUGAAGACUAUCUCAAGCAGCUUCGUUCAUUGCAGAUGGAAGGGCAAAAGCUUAUUAAUCAGAGUUUGGUAAUGGGAAUUGAUGUUGGCCGGAGUAGCACGCGAAACCAAACGGGUGAAAAGAAAGACUUAGCCAAUCACCUCCUGCCACCAACCCCACUGAGAUUAAACAUUUGCUCAAGAACUAGCUGUUCUAGUUUAUCUUCUCCUGGAACAUCUCCCUCUGGGUCCUCAAUGAGCUCUUUGGACAGCGCUUUCUCCCAGUUUUCAGACUAUUCAGUUUUUACCCCAACCGAGACCUCCUCUCCUUUGGACUGUGGAUUUCAGUUUCAAAAGAAACCUGGAGACCUAUCUCCUGAAUGCAACCCUUUCUGUGGUAUACACCAAGGUGCUGGAGUCAGCUCUUUUUCUAGCCAGGCCAGCAACAGCAGCUCAGUUUGUGUUAAAAAAGGAAGUCUUGAGUGGCCUCCUCAAAAGAGUCCCGUUACUCUGCAUCCCAGCACUUGGUUAAAAAAUGGGGCUUCCACAGUGAAAAACUGGACUCUCCGAAAAAAGGACAAAGCAUCUAAGCAAGAAGAAAAGAAGAAGACAAUUAUCAAAAUCACUUUGGAACCACAUGUGGACCCUUCAGAUCCAUUAGAAGAUAAUCUAUGUCAAGAACAAUGGCAGGUACUGAAAGCACAUGUAUCAAUGGAAAAAAAUACUGCCACAGAAACCGUACAGGAUGACAAUCCUUCCUCCACUCCUGGAAGUGGGCAGCCAUCCAGUGCUCCAUUUUGCCCCACAGAGGUAAAAGACAAGAAACUUAAAGCCUUGGAGCUGCUAGCUGAACAAAGUAAGGAGGAGGAAGAAGCAGAGAAAGAAAACUCUCAGCUUUUGUCACAUAAAAGACAGCCAUCCAACCCAGUCAUCAGGUGCCCAAAUCCAAGUGCUGAAGAUGCUCCUGAAUCGGGUGCUGGACAUGAACUUUUCAUCAAGGACAGUUUAAGUAAGACUGCAAUGUCCAUGGAGGUAGAUGGCCAACAAAUAAACUCUGAGAGCAAUAAAGCUUUGCUAAGCACUGAAUCGAAAUCUAUUGAGGAUGAGUCUGAAAGGGGUUUCUGUUUGUCUCUAAAAGCCACAAGGGCAGUUGAUGGAUGUUUGUUUAAACCAGAUGUUGAUAAAUCUCAUCAGAAAGUAGAGGCAGGGACUGACACCAUGAUCCAAAUUAACAAGGAAAGGCUAAAAAGGCAUUGCAGUGAUCCCAAGUUUGAAGAGAUUGACCAAAGGAUUUUUGCAGAAGAAUCUUAUGUUUAAAAUCACUACCAUAAACACAACUGCCUUUGGAAUUACUCUCUGAUCAGCCUAGGUUUCAUAUUCCAAGAGGAUAAAUUUCACUGGGGAGUUAUAGGAUUCAUAUUGUCAUCAUGAACAUUAAGAGAGUCACUUCCCCACAUAAUUUUUAAUUAAAAAUUGCUGUCCUAGAAUCCGGAAGCGCUUGGUUCCAAAACAGUGACAAGUGAAGUAGAGUGUUUUGUCAAGAGGGGAAACUCUAUAUCCUUCCUGUAUUAAGCGUUGUGGAUAUAAGUCUGUGUCCUCUGUGGUUUUGAUGUAGUAGGUGAGGCCACCAUAGAUGCCAUACCUGUGGUAUUAAUACUACUGUUUUUAAACUAUGAUGGUUAUUACUUUCAUUGUCCUCCAAGAAAGAAAUGUAGUACUUUUUUAUUGGUUUACAAGGUAGCUCAUUAGUUCCCAGCACCUCUUUCUCUUAGCAUAUGAAAAAAACAACAUAUGCUCAAAAAGAAGGAAAGCUAAAUACUGAAGCUUAUAUAAGUCCCAAACUCUCUGUAUUUCAUUUAUUGUGCUCCAUUGGGUGUUCUGUUCAUGUUUAAGUUGUGAAUAGUUUAUUAAUUUUGCUGUAAAAUGGCAUUAUAUAUUAUUGCAAGCAGAACCUAUGUAAUUUUAUUAUGCGCUAUCUAAAUCAUCUUAUAAUAUAUUAAAAGUAAUGCAUUAUCUAAAAUGCUUUGAGUUUGUAUAAUAUAUCUUGAUAAAUUUUGCUAUUAUAUAUGUUCUGAAAUAAAUGUGUAUUUUUGUACUUGCAGAAAUUGCUGCUAACUUUACAAGUUUUGUUUUUGUUGUUACGGCACUGGUAUUGACGUGUAUGCAUUCAAUGCUGUAUACUAAAUAAAAUUCAUUCCAUCAUUAAGUUAACAAAAAUGAGGUUUCAAGUAACUCUUCAGUUUGUUAAUUUUGAACUUGUGUAUAUUUACCAUUGAUGGGUUGUGAAGUUUAAUGACACCUCUUAAAAUUAUAACUUUUCUUUCUCUAGGUUGUGAUG